GACGUCAUUAGUGGACAGUCCACACCAUGAUGGCGGCAGCAGCGACAGAGCGGGGCGGCGGUCCCGGUUCCGGUUCUUCUCCCUCUGGUCUCUCCCGACCUGCGGCGGAUUAUUCGGUGCUGGUGGUGGUGGGAGCGCUGCGCUCCGCCGGGCUGCUGGAGCGGCUGCUGCGGCAGAUAGACUCCGGUGUGCGGUGCUGGCCCGUGGAUCUGGAUGUUUCGGUUCUGGAUCAGCAGCUGAAGCUCUUUGUGUCCCGACACUCGGCCUUCCUGUCAGAACAUGUCCCAGGUCAGCGGACUCUGCAGCACAGCGGAGACGUUCUGGAUGUUCUGGUCGUGGUGAACCCGGCUCAUGACUUCGUCUGCUCAGAGGUCAGGCGACUCGUCUGUGAUUCGUCCCGACACAAACUUCUGGUUCUGGCGGGUCAGUGUGUCGAAGACAGCGGAGACAUCGUGUUACAGCGAGGCAGCUUCUCUCUUGACCACUUCAUCCACAUCUUCACCGACGAGGAGGUCGGAGAGUUGCUGAGUUCUGCUGACCCGGCGCUGAAGGCCAGCCUCACCCUCAGCUGUCCAAACUUUGGUCUCUGGAAGGACUCUGUGUUGGCCAAACACAACCUGCAGGACUUCAUAAACAUCCAGAUCAACCCGCCCCCCGUCCUCCCUGAAAUGGAGGGAUUGCAGGAGUUCACCGAGUACCUCUCAGAGUCGCUGGAGCCCGAGUCGCCCUUUGAGCUCCUGGAGCCGCCGAGCACCGUAGGAUUCCUUAAACUGUCACGGCCCUGUUGCUACAUCUUCCCUGGUGGGAGGGGAGACUCUGCCUUCUUUGCUGUUAACGGUUUUAACGUGUUAGUGAACGGCGGCUCAGAUUCCCGAUCCUGCUUCUGGAAACUAGUUCGACAUCUGGACCGGAUUGACUCGGUGCUCCUGACUCACAUCGGCGUGGACAACCUGCCCGGGCUGAACAGUCUGCUGCUUAGGAAAGUAGCCGAGCAGGAGGAAGAGUCUGCUGGACCUGAAGAGGACUGGACGAAGAACCUGAUCUCCCCUGAGAUCGGGGUGGUCUUCCUCAAUGCUCCUGACAGACUGAAGUCCGUACAGGGAGAUCCCUGCGAGAUGAGGAGUUGUGACCAGGUGGCGCUCACUCUGCAGCACUUACAGACACUGUCAAUCAGACCAGAACUGAUCAGCCGGUCCAACGGGCCUAGUAUAGAACCAGUGAUCCUGUUUCAAAAGAUGGGAGUCGGCCGCCUUGAGCUGUACACGCUGAAUCCAGUAGGUGGCAGCAAAAACCUUGAAGCUCUGAUGCAGGUUUGGCCAAACAGUGGAUCGAAUGUGAAGGGCUCCAAUCUUCCGCUAACAUGCCUUGUCUCCAUCUGUGCUCUGCUGGUCUGGCAUCCGUCCAAUCCUCAGGAGAAGAUCAUCCGAGUCCUGUUCCCGGGCUGCACACCGCAGAGCAAAAUAAUGGACGGGCUGGAGAAACUGAAACAUCUAGACUUCCUCAAACAUCCUGUGGUGUGUUUGAAGGAUUUAGAAACACCUAAACAACCUAAAAGAGCAGAAAGUCGGGAAAGUCUCAAGUCUCAGUCCAAAGACUUCAGACCCAGCAGUGCCUUACAGAAAGACAAGCUUGGACGAGUAGAUUUAAAAAAACAGGAAGUGAAGAUGAAGCCAAAACCACAGAGCGAGAGUGUGCCUAAAGACAAGAAGGAUGGGGAAGAAAAGUCCAAACUGAAGGAUGGAGAGGGAAAUCCAAAGACAACUAAACCUGCUGAAAAGGUUCCUCCAAAGAAAGACGGAUCAAAGGACGAGAAGAAGGAGGUGAAGAAGGACGAGAAGCUCGGUCCAAAGAAAGAAGACAGUGUAGAGAAAAAGAAAGAAACGGUAAAGAAGGAAACCGUGAUUUCAAAACCAAAGAAAGACAUCAAACCUGACCCAAAGAAAGACAACAAGAAGGAAGUGAAGGCAGAGGAGAAGAAACCAGCUAAACCAGCUGUUAAAGAGAUAAAGAAGGCUUCAAGUUCAGCAUCAACAACGACUACAGAGCUGAGGAAAGUUUCAGGGAAGACUGGGACUCUCAAGAAAGACGGGACUCUGUCAAAGAAGGACACUUUGAUUAAAGGGACCAGAGGUAAACCAGGUCCAAAGGAGCCGGACAACCAGAAGGAGGCUGAUCGCUCCAAGGUGUCCACACCUGAUGACAUGACCGCUGAGUGUGAAAGACUGAGACUGGACGAUAACAACGGGAACAGCGGCCAAAACUCGAAGGUUCCUGAGGUAAUCAAUUCUGAUGAAGCUGAGGCCAACAGGAACCAGACCUCGACCGCUGAGAGUCCAGAGAAGUUUCGCUGUUUGGAGACAGACCAGGAAGCCUCCAGUGCCUGCUCGCCUCUUUCCAAGACGCCAAAAGGUGAUCUCAGUGUUAAUUUUGACCCACCAGCUGGAGGUGUCUCAGAGGCUCUCCAUCAGUCCCCUGAAGAGGACCUCCGGGGUUCAGGAGAGGACGGCAGCCUUGCCCUGAGAGGAUCCAAUCUGGGCUUUGAAGAUUACAACCAUGGAGGUUCUUGUAGGACGUCUGACCUGAGCUCUCUGAGGGAAGGUCUAGAAAACUCCACGUCCUCUCAGGACAAACAGUCCAGCCUCUUGAUGCUCAGCCCGUUCAAAGACAUUAUGCCAGACUCCUCCUCCACCAUGACCUCCAUGCCGGCUGAGGUCGGCUCUCCACACUCAACAGAGGUCGAUGAAUCUUUGUCUUUUUCUUUGGAACAGAUGUUGCCACCCACUGCCGCCUCACCCAAAGGACUCGUGGGAGACGGAGUCUACUCUAACGGACUUGUUAGUGACUUGGACUCCAACACUGGGAUGUCCUUACCUCUGAGGUCAAACCAUAAUGGCCGUUGUGGAGGACUGGAGGAACACGUCUACGGGAUGUCAGAGCUCAUCUCAGAUGUUCCACAUGAUGUCGACCUCUGCUUGGUGUCACCUUGUGAGUUCCAGCACACGAGGACUCCGGAGAACCAUCAUCAGCACGUCAGCACCAGCCUCACGGCCCAAACCUCGCCGGGCCUCUCCGACAACAACAAUCACUCACAGGAUCAGAGUAGCAGCGAUUGCCCUUCAGCCUACAGUCAGGAAACCCCGCCUACAUCCGUCAGCGAGUCCCUGCCGACGGCCACGGACUCUGACAUCCCCCCCAACACCGAGGAGUGUCCCUCCAUCACAGCAGAUGUCGACUCUGAUGAUGACUCCAGUGGCCUUUUCCCACAUGAUCACCCCGCCCAGCACUACUCCCAUAUGGAAGGACAGCUUUCCUCCCACGACCCACCACCUGCCCCAGUCAAGGAUUUGCCCCCAUUACCUCCCCAGCCUGGAGCCUGCAUGGCCGACACAGAGGCUGACCGCAAAAACCUGAAGAGUUCAAGUGCCAAGAUCAAGAAGCCGAUAAGUACGACGCAGAAGGCCCCCUCCGGAAGCACCGCAGCCCAGAACGGAAAGACCAAGGUCGGCAGCUCCACGGGGUCGCUGAAGACGACUGCCAGCCUCGACAUGAAGCCGUCAACAAGAAGUUCACUCGGAGGCUCCAGGAUAGGGACUGCAAAACCUCCAUCCUCAGCUUCCAGAGCUUCUGGUUCUGAUGGUUCUGUGGUCUACGUGGACCUGGCCUAUCUGCCAUCUGGCGCCGCCUCCUCCACGGUGGACCUAGAGUUCUUCCGGCGUCUUCGUUCCUCGCAUUACAUCGUCAGCGGCAACGAUUCGGUGAAGGAAGCAUCGAUGAGGAGCAUCCUGGACGCUCUGCUGGAGGGGAAGAGCAGCUGGCCCGAGGUCCAGGUGACCCUGAUCCCGACGUUUGAUUCAGUGGUGAUGCACGAGUGGUACCAGGAGACCCACGACAGGCAGAGGGAGCUGUCAAUCACAGUGCUGGGCAGCAACAGCACCGUCGCCAUGCAGGAAGAGACCUUCCCCGCCUGCAAGGUCGAAUUCUGAAGUCCCGCCCACCUCACAUGACCUCUAUAGGUGGACAAGGACACAGAGAGACAUUUGUUGUUGCCAUGGUUACAUGCAGACCAAUGAAAGGGUGUGUCCGACCAGGUGUCCUUUAAAACAAACUGUCAGCUGACCCUAAAAGCCCCGCCUCCUUCAGAUGAGUCAUUUCAUUGAGCAUGCUCAGUUAGUCCGCAGUCCACAUUAACUAACGGUUACUUUUCCUGCACCUGUGUGACAUUACUGCGUGGUCACUUCCUGUCACUUCCUGUCACUUCCUGUCUGCUGGAUCAGGACUGUCAUCUUACAUGCUAACAAACAUUAGCACGUUAGCAGUGCUGGAUAUUAUCGCUAACGUCUCAGAUUUAAUAGCUUCGUAUAAACAUGAUGUCAGGCGGCGCCUUGCUGUGGAUGUUAAAUGGUUGACUGAUGUUUACGGCAGCCAAUAGUGCUCAGGUGUGCUCAGGUGUGCUCAUCGUUCCAUCAGGAAAAGUGACCCUGGUGCUGUUGGUCUCUGUCGGUCUGCCCGUGUUCUGGUCUGGGAACAGCUUUGCUCUCAGAGGUUCUUCUCGUUACGUCUUUAAUCAUUUAAAAUCUGUUUGAUCAUCGAUACCUCUUCAGUCUGUGCUUGUUCUUUGUCUGUCACCUUUAUCGUUCAUCUCCUCAGAUCCUUGUUAAUGUAACAUCGCGGUUCUGAUCCAGCAAACGGGAACUCGUCUUCAACGUUAGGGACCAUGUGAACAGCAAUGUGAUCAGUUUAAUCAUGAGAUGCUUCGAACACGCCUGCACACAGCACGGAGCGCAGACCACAAACAUUUCCACGGUUGAACUCUGAACCAUUGGCAGGUUCUACAGGUCCUGCAGGUCCUGCAGGUUCUGUAGGUUCUGUUGGGUCUAUAGGCAGAUAUAUUUCCCUCAGUUUGGUCUCCAACUUUAAAAACUACAUUUCCCAUGAGCCUCAUCUGCUGCUUCACAGAUUUAAUCGUGGGUGCAGUCGAAUAGUCUUUUUGCUCCUCACUGAGUGAAACAACUGAACUAGUUAUGUGUCCAUCACGAUCAGCUGUUUGAAUCCUCUGAAUAAGGAAAGGAGCUUCAAUGCUUCCUUUCCUAUCUCCUUCAGAGGAUACACUGGACCAUCCUUUAGGAAAGGAAAGGAGAUAAUGUCGUUCUGUUGUUGACUGUGUUCUCUGCGUUCACACACAGUAAAAACUUUUGUAACUGUGCCAUCCAGCGUCCUGCAGAUCAUCAUGAAGUUACGACGAGUCACAACGUUCAUUCAUUAUUUUAAUCCUGACAAUGAUGAAGUCAGAUCAUCAUCAUCGACAACAUGGAGCUGUUUGUAGUCCAUCAGACUACUUUGUAGUUUUAACAGAUCAUGUCAAUAAUAACAUCCUCAGUCACAUCCUGACGUAGGAUAGUCUGAACACCGCCCUACACUUCUCCUAACUCCUCAUCACCUCUCCUUCACACCUUUCCUCGACCUCAUGAGGUUUUCCAUGAAGGUCAAGUAAAAGUGGUUAGGAAAGGACAUAGGAGACAUAAGGGGUAAUUAUUCGACCGCACUCAAGUCUAAGAGUCAAGGCCUGUUGUCCGCCUGGCAACAGAGUCCGGAGCUCUGAUUGGAUGGUUUGUACAGCAGUGCAUUCUGGGACUUGUAGUUGUAAAGCAGCGUCUGAUCUGUUGGGAAUAAUUCAUUGAUCAGUUCAGAAUGUUCCACGAUUGUUUUAUUUUAAAGUUGUCGACUGAAACAUUGAAAAAUUUUGAGCUGUAACUUAUUUAUUUAUUUCCUUGUUUUGGUACGAGCUCCUCGCUAAUCAGCUGAUUUUAAAUGAAGUUUGAUUCGGAUCGUGAAGCUUUGACACUUUUUAAACGUUUUAUUGAGAUUGAACGCAGUGUUCUGAUUGGAUGAUAACAACAAUGUUUUUAUGAGCCACACCCCCUCGUUACUGUUAACGAGUUCAUUUCAAAAGUUAAUCAAGUGUUCAGAAUUAACACUGAAAUAAUGUCGACGUAUUUUACGAAUAUUUAAUUAUUGUAAAUUGAUCAAAUUUAUUAUUUUAUUU